CUGCCUACCCGGUUGGGUUUUUAAUUCCUCGCCUUCUCUUGUCAUUCCAUAUUUCCCAUAUCCAUAAUGUCAAAGCUUUGUGUGUGUUUAUGAUUGUGUAAAUAUUUUGUGAUUGGCGAAUUUGUGCUGGUACACCCUCGGUAAAACUUGUAAACGGUGUGAUAUGAACAGUUAAUUACUAGUAAAUGUGAUUAAAUAAAAUUUAAUUGAAAUAAUAUUGGGAAAAUGUGAAUUAGGGACAAUACGGAUAUUUUUAUUUUGAACCGGUAGUAGUUGAACUUUUGCUCUAAAAUUUCUUGUACUUACCUAGAUAAUUAUCUAAUGCAAUUGAGGAUCUUCAACAUAAAAACAUGUUGAAGAUCAAAAUGGUUAUAUGAAGACUCUUGGAUAGUUCGUUCUUUAUGAGGUUUUGGUGUUCACAAGUGUUAGUCAAUAAUGAACAAAAUAGUGUUUCGUCUGGCUUUAUUAACUUUAUGUUCCUUAGCUCUGACGUUGUCAGAAGAAUAUGAAGAGGAUGAUGAAGAUUAUGAAGAUUUUUCGAAUAUAAAUACCACAUCAAAUGGUUCACUUAGUUUCAUCACAGAAUUGUCAAACAUCACGCGGGAUGGCGGAAAGCAGGCGAAAUUUUUAUGCGAAGUAAAAUCACUGGAAACGAAUCACUCCAAAGUGGCUUUUAAUUGGAGACAUAACGAAGUACAUAUCGAUGACAAGGAACGAUUCAAAAUUAAAACUAAGGUCAAAGACAACGUUUAUUCGUCAAUUUUACGAGUAAAUAAAUUAGAAUAUUUUGAUAGAGGAUUUGUCGAAUGUAUAGCGAGUAAUGGUGUAGAAAAAAUAAGGUCUAUAGCGUUUUUGGAAAUAAAUCCGGAAGCACAUAAAUAUGGAAAUGCCGUACUUAACCCACAGAAAACUGAUCAUCCAGAUUUAGACAGUUUUGGAGAAAUGACCACAUUCUUGCCGAAAGACAUCUCAAAAUCCAACGAGGGCGUCUUUCUAACGACAAUGGGCGCCAAGUCGAAAACCUUUUCCACGCCGAUACAAUUCGAUUUGGAUUCUAACGGAAAACUGACGGAGAACGUCCCGAAAACGUACAACAGUUCGGAACCGCUGUGCCAGAUGUACACCGGUCAACGUUGCAGACGGCACUUGGCUGGAAAAUAUGUUUUCGUACAGCCCCCGUAUUCGCAGAAGGAAGUCGAAGACAAACUGGACGCCGCGUUUUUGGUUAUUUCGCAAUCAAAUGACAUAUCGACGAUCUGUAGCAAAUUCGCGGAACCGAGCGUCUGCUUUUCCGCUUUUCCUCUGUGUCUGGACCGCGAUCAAAUUGACGAGUACCAAAUCAACCAUCUACGCGAAUUGAGCAGCAUCGAUAACAAACAAAAAUCCAAAAACAUUAGAACCAAAUUGACCAAUUCGUUGCGGAGGAUAUGCAGGGACGAGUGUUUGCUACUAGAGAACGAGUUGUGCAGCAAGGAGUACAGCAUCGCGAAAAGACAUUUAGUUAUAAGUCAAAUUAUGGAACUUGAGGUGUGCGAACAAUUGCCGUCGGAAAAUGAUAUCAGUUCUAAGCACUGUCUGACAUUGGGUGUUGGAGAACUAAAUGUUAACAGAGAUGAAACCUGCUAUUGGGACACUGGAAAACAGUACCGCGGUACUCAAGAUAAAUCUUCCUCCGGCAUGCCCUGUAUUAGAUGGGCGCAUCAAUUUCACGUUCCUACUUCCGAUAAUCCUGAACUUGCCGGCCACAAUUAUUGCAGAAAUCCCAAAGAAACUGAAAGAGAACCAUUUUGUUACGUCGAACAAAAUCAGAGAGAAGUUUGUGGCGUAAAUAAAUGCGUGUACGUUUACGGACUAUAUAUCGGCGGUUUGAUAGUAACUCUUAUCGCAGUUGUAAUUCUUUUCGCAUACUGUUACUGUAAUAGAAGAAAUAAACUUACAAGAAAUUUACAAAAUAAGGAUUUGCCGCAAGUAAGCAAAAAUAUAUACGGAAGUCCAGGACCGAGUGCGCCUAUGGAAAUGAAUUCGUUGUUGCCUCCGCAUCUUCCACCACAUCGGAACCAUCACAAUUCUAACAAGCACAGCAUCCAGUCUGUACCUCAAUACACAUUUAAGGAAGUUAGAUUCGUUGACGAAUUGGGAGAAGGUGCUUUUGGUAAAGUGUACAAAGGAGAGUUGAAGAUGAAGACCGGUAAAAUAUUUGUAGCCGUUAAGUCUCUAAAGGAGAACGCAAGCGCGAAAACGCAAGCCGACUUCCAAAGGGAAAUCGAACUCAUAUCAGAAUUGAAGCACCCUAAUAUCAUAUGUCUGUUGGGUGUUGUGAUGAAGCAGGAACCCAUGUGUAUGCUGUUUGAGUACAUGUCAGAAGGUGAUUUACAUGAAUUCCUAAUUUCAAAUUCACCAGAAGAAGGAAAAUGUUUGACACAUAAUCAAUUUUUAGAUACAGCAAUACAAAUUGCUCAAGGUAUGGAAUACCUUUCGUCUAAUCAUUAUGUUCAUAGAGAUUUAGCUGCUAGAAACUGCCUUGUAUCCAAAGAUUUAGUGGUUAAGAUAAGUGAUUUUGGUUUGAGCAGGGAUAUGUACAGCUGUGAUUACUACAGAGUGCAAUCGAAAUCUUUGUUACCGGUUAGAUGGAUGCCUCCCGAUUCUAUUUUGUAUGGGAAAUUUACAACCGAAAGUGACGUAUGGUCAUAUGGAGUCGUGUUGUGGGAAAUAUACAGUUAUGGUUUACAGCCAUAUUACGGUUACAAUAACCAAGAAGUUAUCAACAUGAUAAGGUCUAGAAAAUUGCUGCCUUGUCCUGACGCUUGCCCCAGUUAUUGCUACGCCCUAAUGAUAGAAUGUUGGGCCGAACAAGCAAAUCGAAGGCCUAAUUUUAGCGAAAUUGUACAUAGACUAAAAGUUUGGAGACAAAGCGGUUCUACAAAUGGGGCCUAUUUUAAAAGCGUUCCCACUCCGCAAAAAUACAACCACAGUUCGAAAUCCAGUCACACAUCGGAUUCUCAUUCGAAUUACACCAACAACGAAAACCACAUGUCAUUCACUUGGGAACGAGAGCAUCACAGGCCUACUUCUAGCAGACUGAACGAUAGUCAAAGUAGUUUAACGUCUCGCAGGUGUUCAAGCUUGGGCAACACGACCCAAAGCACUGUCAUAAGCAACGAAAAUAGAAAAGAAAAACGUCCAAAGAAGAGCGUCGACUCUCUAGACAGGGUGAAUCCCAAAAACACGGUGGUGAGCAGUAGCGGUUAUGGUGACGGAAUUGAAACCAAGGUCACGUUGUAAAUUGUACUGACAUGUGACAAGGUUGUUGCUUAAAAUGUCGGACGGUUCACAGGUUUGUUGUUAAAGAGAAAUAAGUAUUUAAAAACAAAAUGCAGGUACAUUUUUGAUUUAGAAUCUGUAAAUUCGAUGUUUUUUAAAUGUCAUAAUCUUUAGAAAAAAAUAUAUCUAAUUUCCCUUGCUAGGUACUACUUUUUUAUAAAAACGUUUCUCUUUAAAAAUAAAUCGUGAAAUUAAACUCAAUUUUUGAACAUGAGAAAGAGACUUUUUCAUUAUCAUAAGUAAAAUGAAAAAAAAACGCCCCUCAUUAAGAUAGAAUAUCAGAAAGCUCUGAACCAGAUUUUGUCUGAGGAAAAUUGUUUUUAGUAUUAUAUAAUGUUGUUGGUUGUUUUAAAAUGUCGGUUGUUUGAGUCAAUAGGUGUUCGGCAUAUUUUUAAUAAUUUUAAAAACAUAUUCAAAAAUAUAUCCGAAUGUUUGAAUGUACCUAAGUCUUUAUAAACAAAUUAUUGACAAAGAUGGCAAUAUUUUCACCGGUUUAUUAAAGAAAGAAUCUGAUAUAUUUAGAAACUAUCUGUUUUUUCUUUUAGUUUUUAAUUUUAGUCGUUUUACCAGGGUUUUGUGUAUGAGUUUUUUAUAAUUUGUUUUUAUUGUUGCAUUCUCCAAUGUGUUUCAAUGCAUUAUUUCUAAAUAAUAGUAGAUAUCUAUAUGCAAAUAAGAACUAAGAUUAAUUAAAAUGAAAUAAAACAUCCACAUACAGUUUUGUUUUUUCUCUUUACAUGCAUAUUUGAAUUUAUGGCCCAAUAUCUCUGAAAUCAUUAAAGAUAUGUUCGUUCCUUAAGCUUUAAAUACAAAUCAUUUUUGACUUUUCAUAGAUAUUUGACCAGGGCUUUUUUUAACAUGGCUCCCAUGAACUGGUAAUACAUUGAAUCACUUGAGACGCGACAACCUAUAUAUUAUGUUUAUAUAUUUGUUACUUAAGAGUAAAAUAUAUCAGUGACUAAGUGAUAUUUUUUUAAAUUAUAUUAUUUUAAACAUCUCGUAAAAGCUUUAAAUUUCAAAGACUUGCUCGAAAAUGUGUAUAUUGUUACUUAUUGAUUUUUCUUUUUAAAGAACUCUCAAAAAAAAGAGACCUAUUUAAUUUCAAAUAUUAUAAUUCUGUCAUUUUUAACACUUAUAGAUACUGAACACAUUAUAUGAUGAAAUCAAUAAGUAACAUUAAAAAACAGUUCAAUCCAUUAUAACUAGGACAUAUUUUGGCAGCUCCUAUUGCAGCAACUUUUGAUAUAUUUAAAUUUUUAUACAAUAUUUUUUACUUUUUGUAUAUAGUUUUAUAACUGAAGUCACAUUAUGCCAAAUUUUUAUAACAAUAAUUAUUAUGAAACAAUUUUUAUUUUAUAUUUAUUAUAUAUUUUUUGAUUGAUAUUACCAAGCUGGUAUUUGAAAAGUUUUUUUCUUUAGAGUUUUGGUAAAAAUACCAAUUAUACACUGAAAUAAGAUUGACUAAAGCUAAAUGCCAGUUUAUACAAUAUCACUUUGUACAAUGUAAAACAUUUAACAGAAUGGUUAAAUACUGUGUGUUUGUGCGAGUUUAUAUUAUAAAUAAAUGUAAAAUUAUUACCAACACUGACUCUGAUUUCAUAAAAAUAAAUAUAUACCUAUUCCUAUCUUUCAAAGACUUGAAACCUCAAUUGAAUCGGUCAUUUAAAAAACGACCUAAGUCAAAAAACAUUUUACAGGAGAAGCAGAAAACUGAUAGGUUGUUUUUUGCAGUGAACAUAUAAAAUCUACUUGGUAAAUAUAUAAGGAAGCAUCAGAGUUGUGUGGUUUUAGGACAGAAUGUGCAUCUAUGGUCACAGAGUGGUUUGGUGGUGAAAUAUCAAAAGCCAAGUUAACUAAAGUCAUUUUUGAAAUUAAUGAUUCAAUUAAUAUUUUAUUUACGGUUUUAGCAAGUUUUCUUUUUGUUAUGAACUCAAAAAAUCUUUUUUUUUGGUUCUUUUCGAAAAUUCGGACAUUUUGGAUAAUCCGGACAGGGCCCAGUCACAAUUAAUCCGGAUUGACGCUCUCUACUAUAUGUAAAUCGGAAAUGUUUGAUGUAAACUUCUCA